AUGUGCAAAAAGAGGCUAAUUCUUAGUAUUGGUCAAAAAGAGACAUUCUCGAAAAGUUCGAGCCAGGGCCGGAACUGCGCAGGCGUGGAGGGCGCGGCGCCGCAGCACACGGCGGGGGCGGGGCUUGGGCUCGGCAACGUUACAAGUAGCUGCAGCGUUUGGCAGCGCCAUUUUGAAAGCGCUGUUGCCGCGGAUCGGUUGUGCGUAGCAGGAGCUGAACGCCUGGUUCGGUCUUGCGGCUUGUCCGGCCUCCUUUUCCACCCUACGGACAUCUUUUUUUUUUUUCCUUCGACUUACAGCGAAUUUAGGGGAGCGAUCAUGUUGAGAGGAAACUUGAAGCAAGUGCGGAUCGAGAAAAACCCGGCCCGCCUGCGGGCCUUGGAGUCGGCGGCGGGGGAGAGCGAGACGGCAGCUGCGGCUGCCAUGGCGCUAGCUCUGGCCGGGGAACAGGCGCCGCCCCCCUCGGCGCCCCAGGAGGACCACCAGGAGGAAGAGAUGGGCUUCACCAUCGACAUCAAGAGCUUCCUGAAGCCGGGAGAGAAAACGUACACGCAGCGCUGCCGCCUCUUUGUGGGGAACCUUCCCACGGACAUCACGGAGGAGGACUUUAAGCGGCUUUUCGAGCGCUACGGGGAGCCCAGCGAGGUCUUCAUUAACCGAGACCGCGGCUUUGGCUUCAUCCGUCUGGAGUCUAGAACUCUGGCUGAAAUUGCAAAAGCAGAGCUGGAUGGCACUAUUUUGAAAAGCAGACCACUCCGAAUUCGAUUUGCUACUCAUGGAGCUGCCUUAACUGUCAAGAACCUUUCACCUGUGGUUUCUAAUGAGCUUCUAGAGCAAGCAUUUUCUCAAUUUGGUCCUGUGGAGAAAGCUGUUGUAGUAGUGGAUGAUCGUGGACGAGCAACGGGAAAAGGUUUUGUAGAAUUUGCUGCAAAACCUCCAGCACGAAAAGCCCUGGAACGAUGUGGUGAUGGAGCAUUCUUGCUAACCACGACACCUCGGCCAGUCAUUGUGGAGCCCAUGGAACAGUUUGAUGAUGAAGAUGGACUACCAGAGAAAUUAAUGCAGAAGACACAACAAUAUCACAAGGAAAGAGAACAGCCUCCCCGGUUUGCUCAACCUGGGACAUUUGAAUUUGAGUAUGCAUCACGAUGGAAGGCUCUGGACGAAAUGGAAAAGCAGCAGCGGGAGCAGGUUGACAGAAAUAUCAGAGAAGCCAAAGAGAAACUAGAGGCAGAAAUGGAAGCUGCUAGACAUGAACAUCAGUUAAUGCUGAUGAGGCAAGAUCUUAUGAGGCGCCAAGAAGAACUGAGGCGUUUGGAAGAACUUCGAAAUCAAGAGCUUCAGAAACGCAAGCAAAUACAGUUAAGACAUGAAGAAGAACAUCGUCGUCGUGAAGAAGAGAUGAUACGUCAUAGAGAACAAGAGGAACUUCGAAGACAGCAAGAAGGAUUUAAACCAAACUAUUUGGAAAAUAGAGAACAGGAAAUGAGAAUGGGUGAUUUGGGUCCCCGUGGAGCAAUAAACAUGGGAGAUGCGUUUAGCCCAGCACCUGCUGGUAACCAAGGUCCUCCUCCAAUGAUGGGUAUGAAUAUGAACAACAGAGGAACUAUACCUGGCCCACCUCUGGGUCCUGGUCCUGCCUUGGGACCAGAAGGAGCUGCAAAUAUGGGAACUCCAAUGAUGCCAGAUAAUGGAGCAGUGCAUAAUGAUAGAUUUUCCCAAGGACCACCAUCUCAGAUGGGUUCACCUAUGGGCAGUAGAACAGGCACUGAAACCCCUCAGACCCCAAUGAGUGGUGUAGGUCCUGUGAGUGGUGGUCCUGGUGGCUUUGGUAGAGGAAGCCAAGGGGGAAACUUUGAAGGACCUAAUAAACGUCGCAGAUACUAAAGAAUCUUUCAGUCCUUGCAAUUUAGAGAGAAGAAAAUUUAGUGGUAUGCCUUUAUAAUUUUCUGAAAAAAAUGGUUUUAUUGUUAAUAUAGUCUUUUCAAAGUUUCUUUUGUAAAACCUGAAGUUUUUGUAUUUUUUUUCUUUAGUCGUACAUAAGCUUUGUAGUCUAGAGUGGAAAUGAUGAUGCUCAUCAUUGUGAAAGUCAAAUGUGUUUGUGACUUUAGCUAAAUAUAAACAUGCGAUCGUACUGUAAAACUUGUGCAGAUACUUGAUCUCAAUAAAGAAAUCACUUUGAAUAAUUUGAAAUAUUAGUAGUAGUAUGCUCCUUUAAAAUAUUACCAAACUUGGCUGUACUAAUAACAUUUUGGUUGCUUUAACUCAGUAAUGCCAGCUAUUCAAAAAGCAAGAAGAUUCCAUGCUUUUUAGUUGUAAACUAGAAAGUAGCACUGGACUUUGCAAAGUAUGUGGUUAAUACCUGAUGUAUUAAGGGGUUGAAAGAUAGUGCAACAUCUUGAAGAAGUAUACCUUUGUACAAACCAUUAAUGUUCUGUAAAAUGAAGGUUAUGCUGUCUAUGGUUUAAUAGCUAGAAUAGACCAGAAAUAUCAAGAAAAUCUUUGUCAUGUGUUCAAUUUUCCAAAUAAAUACUUUGGUUCUUGGCUAAAGCUGCUUGAAUGCAAAUCUCCUUUGCUAAUAUAAAUUUAGUUUUGAUCUAGAAAAUAUAUUUGGACCUGUAAUAAUUAAUUUUGUUAUGUCAAUAUCAACACUUCAGCAUUUGUUACAAACAAAUUGUGUACAUAGCAAAUGUAGCAAUUUCACCACCACCCCUCUCCUCGCGUGCGCCCCCCUCCCCCAAAGGUUUGGCUUUGUCCAGGAAUGGGAGAGGUUAAAAUGGGUGUAGUUUCAGGGUUUGCUAUGAAAAAUUUCAACUAGAUCUUUGAUUAGAUCGAACUGUUUGUUUAUAGAUCAUAAUUUGAUUUAUGUCCUUUUUUUUUUGGUAAUAGUAGGUACUGAAAACAUUUGAUUUUGAGCAUUUUGUUUUCAAGACCAUCAGGUUCUUAAAUAAUGGUAUCCAGUACUUUAAUAUUGUACUGUCAUGAUAAAUGAUCUUACCAUCUACGAAUACCUUCAAACAUACUUGGGAAAUGGUCAGCUCUUAUGUCAUUUUGCCAUUUAGAUCAUUUUCAAUUUUGAAAUCAGAUUUACAAAAGCCUGUUCUAUUACAAAAUAUUGCUUUCAUUUUAAAUUUAAAUAUUUACUUAAAACAAUAAGUUUACAACUCCUUAAGUAGUUGCUUAUGAAACAAUUUUUCAGUGUGUUUCAGAAUGAUUUUUUUAAUUUUUGGAAAAAAAUUAAGUUUUGGGACUAACAAAUUAUAAGAAGAAAAUCUAACCCAUUACCUAUUGGCUUUUAUUUCAUGGUAUUUGCAAUAUUAUGUCAGUGUAUAGGAUGGCCCAGAAAUCUUAAUGUGAUUUUAAUCUAUCAAAACUUAAGCAUUUUGAGCCACCCUCUAUAGCAGUUUUAAAAAUGGAAUGAUUUCUUCCAUUUAAUCCUUUAUAUGAUUUAAACUUUAAGCAGACUUUUCAGAAGUCUACCAGCUUCUAUUUUUUAAUGUAGUUAGUCAAAAAAGAUAAAUUUGAGAUCUACUGCUCCUGUGCUCUAAGUUUUUCUUAGUAGUUACAAAAUGUCAUGGUUCUUUUUCUUAAUUUUAAUAUUCAGUCACUGUUUUGUAGUUAAACUUUUUUUUUUGAAAGUGUGCACUAGUAUGUCUGCGCACACUUGUCUUAGGCAAUUAUUUGAACACAAUAGAUGGGUAAGAAAUAUAAGUGAUAACUAGCCAACUAUGUUUUACUACCGUUUGGGUUACUUUCUCUAGGUGUGAAGAAAGGGCAGUUACUUACUUUAGAAAUUUUUUUUUAAAGCUUUGUCUUAAUUAUCAUAAUACCCUUGCAGCUAAACACACCUUAUCGUUUGCAUGUGUUUGUUAUAUAGUAAGUGAUUUUGUGAGUGUCUUAUUUUAUUACAAACCUGAAAUAGGGUGGGGUGAAAUUCUGUUCUUGGCUAUUAAAUACCAGGUCAGCCUGGAUGCCAUUCAUUCUGUGUGAUUUGAUCAAGAACAUUUGAAAGCCAAUGCAAAAAGUGGGUGUUACAUCUCCUGAACAUCAUAAUGUCUGGGCUCAAGUGUGGCUUCCGGAGUAAAGUUCUUCACAGCCUGUGGCCCUUCACGGAGAAAGUCCUUCUUCAGUACUUACCAAGUUUAUCCUGGGGACAGUCUGCUUCUGAGUGCCAGUCCAGUGGAGCACCCAUGAACUUUUAGUUUAUGCAUUUUUAGAAUCAUUACCCACCUCCUUGUAUAAUUGAAUAACUUUAUUGUUAAAUUUUUGUCUUCUUCCUGAAUUAGUAAAAUGUGUGGAAUUAAGGACUUAUUUUGUCUGCCUUUGUCUUUUAGUUGCAAGAAGUGAUAGUAUAGAAAUAGAAAAUUUAGCAAUGUUAACUUACCUAAGGUGUCACUUGAAUUUGUUAUCUGCUGCCAACAUUCCUUCCUACUUAACUAAAGGAGAUAUAAAUCAAAUUUUGGCAUAGUUUGGCAGUUUUUUUCUUUGUAUAGUUUGUAAUAGUUGUGUUCUAAAGUUUGAAAUAUUCAGCUUUUUUACAUUUUGUAAUAAUUAAUGUGGUCAAAAUAAACAUACAUCCAUUCUUCUCA